AUGAUCAUCUAUAUUUGUUCAUCCUUAAUUCGUGUGUUUUCGUUGGCAGCUGAAUUCAUUAAUCUUAUCGGUCGUGUGCCUUUCUGCUCUGAUGCCGUGAGCAUCCCGCCCUUGAAGGCCAUCACUACGUUGCCCUUGCUCCCUGCCUUACUCUCUCCUGGCGUCUUACCUGUAAAAAGUGGCGGCGGAGACGACAGUGUACCCUUAACAUGCUACCUAACUCCUAGAGUUGGUGCGUCUCCAGAACUUCCCACUGCAACUUCAGCUAUCACUAUUACGGAGGCGGUUUCUACUAUCGAUGCACAGAUUCCUUCAUUGGUUGGAGCGAGAUUAUCCACUGAAGAUUCCGCCUCGACUUUGCUUUCCGGGUUGCAGUGUCUCAGCCUAUCAGCUGGCCUUCAUAGCUCUAUACCUGCUGUCACUUCAUCGCAUAUCAUAGCGAAUCCAUCAUAUUCUCAUCAGCUUUUUCAUGAGAACUCUGCACUCCACGCUGGCCUUCUCACCGCCCUUCAUCCUUGUGCUGGGAAUGUUGAUCUUAGUCUGCCAUAUUGUUACGCAGUCCUUCCCUACGUCUUACCCCAGUCUCUCUCUUGUCCCGUAAGCUCCGUCUGUCCUCUCUCUCGUUCACAUAUUUCACUCGACCCCUGCCACCCCAUCUGUGCCAACUUGAGGCGUCUGGGUGACUAA